AAGCCGAGCUAGACAGGGAAGUGUCAAACAGCCAAAACAGCUAGUUGCGGUGUGGGCUGGUUAAGUGUAUUAAAAACAUAGACGUACAGUGGUGAGGCGAUCUCUUUUGGUGAUUGAUAUUAUUCAGGUUUAUAGGCUCAGGUUACCAUGGCAGUUAGUGCCGUUCACCUGGAGUCGGACGCCUUUUUGGUGUGCAUGAAUCACGCGCUAAGCACCGAAAAGGAAGAAGUGAUGGGACUUUGCAUUGGAGAGGUGGACACAAAUCGUAUCGUCCACAUUCACUCGGUGAUUAUAUUACGCCGCUCGGACAAGAGGAAGGAUCGUGUGGAAAUCUCACCGGAGCAACUGUCCGCAGCCUCCACUGAAGCAGAGAGGUUGGCUGAGAUGACGGGACGUCCCAUGAGGGUCGUGGGGUGGUACCACUCGCACCCCCACAUCACUGUGUGGCCGUCACAUGUUGAUGUGAGGACUCAGGCGAUGUACCAAAUGAUGGAUCAAGGUUUUGUAGGUCUGAUUUUCUCUUGCUUCAUAGAGGAUAAAAACACAAAGACGGGCAGAGUCCUUUACACCUGCUUCCAGUCUGUACAAGCACAGAAAGGUUCAGAGUAUGAGAGAAUUGAGAUUCCAAUCCACGUGGUCCCACAUGAAGCCAUAGGAAAAGUGUGCCUGGAAUCUGCGGUGGAACUACCCAGAAUCCUCUGCCAGGAGGAACAGGACACCUACCGACGUAUUCACAGCCUCACUCACCUGGAUCCGAUUACGAAGAUUCACAACGGCUCAGUCUUCACCAAGAACCUGUGCAGCCAGAUGUCAGCUGUCAGUGGCCCCCUGCUCCAGUGGCUGGAGGACCGUCUGGAGCAGAACAAGCAGAGCAUCAGUGAGCUGCAGAGCCAGAAAGAGCGCUUAAUGCAGGAACUGGCCACCAUGUGAGGGGUGGGUCCUCAGACCCCCCCCCCUCUCCACCAUCUCAGGGCUCUGUGACUGGGCCAGACUUCUCCAUGCCGCGCCUUUGUCCCAAUAAGGCAUUAUGGCUCCACCCCCUUAGAAAUGUUCUUCUAAUUCCCCUUCUUUCCCCACUGGCUCCACCCCCACCAUCCAUUACGUUGUUCCACAGGCUCCUCCCACAAGGCACCCCUGUUACUCCAGCCAAGACAGCCGGCUGAUAAUCUGAAAGAGCGGGGAGAUGUAGCAAUAUGAGGUGCUUUCAUGUCUGGAAAGGGUCUAGUGGCUUCUCAUAGAUGAUGUGAUUUUGAGGUUUAUGGUUGCCUCCUCAGAUAUGCUGUUUGUGUUCCUCAGCCUGUGCAGAUAAGAAAAAACUGUGGAAAUUUCUUCUGGAACAAGCGCAGUAUUUUGACACUGGGUGACGUGUGAUAUAAGUCACUGAAUGUAUUUAUAUUAUUUACAUAGCGAUCUGUAAUAUCUCGGUUGUUACUUAAACUGUUUCUUGCCAAAAUGUGAUUACAGUGCUUUGAAUUUCAGUUUCUUUGUUGAAAAAUCAAUUUUCGUUUGCAGCGUAAGUGCUACUGAGCUGUUUGUCAGGAUCUAGGGUAGACUGGAUGUAGCUUGGGGGAAUCUGAACAUCUGUUCAGCCAGCAUGCAGCACCUCCGUAGCUGGGGGUUAAUGGGAGCCUCAGUUAGUCAGCUGGCCCUGGGAUUCAAACUGGUGACCUUCCGAUCAUAGCAGCUUAACCGCAAAUGAUUCGGCUCAAGAGCUGUGUGGUAAUUAGCACACGGAGUUGCAAGGAGGUAAAUCAGGUGUGUUAAAUGAGGGAAAUCCCGAAAAUGUGCAGGGCUCCGGCCCCCCAGGAUUGGAGUUUGACACCCUUGCCCUAAUAGAAUAAACUCUUGUCAUCCAAA